AUGGCCCGGGUGAUGUCGUUGUUCCGAUCGUUUGUAGCUGACGUGCAAACACUGGUGGCGAUCAUACGACGGAAGGACACGAUGGUGAAACAUAAGCUGGACCAGACGGUGCCCGCGCACGUGGACUUGGCCACGGGCACGUUGCAUGGGGUGUUACGACAGGUGAGACAUGCGUCCAAGGUUGUAUCCCGGGAAUGUGAGCGAGAGACGGUAUGGUGUUGUGAUUUACCUCCUCGGGAGACCAAGCUGUUGUUGUUGUUUAUACGGGAGUACGUGACGCCGUAUGAUGAGUUUGGCAUGGGGCAUCUCAAGAGGUUUAGACCCAAGCAGGGCCGUGAGACUCCUAUUCAGAAUAGUCCCGAACCAAAGAGCUCAGCAGGUGCUACGAUCAAGGCCCCGGCCAGUUUAGAAGCCCUUGUCUGCUCUCAAAAAUAUAUCCCUACCCUCGCCGACCUCCAAGCGCUCCUCCAACAACACACAACCACCUCGGACGCCUCGCUUUGCCACCUCAAUUUCUACCCACAACAAGUUCCCGUCGGGCUCCCGGACACCAAGGAACUCGCACAAGAAUGGUCUGCCAAGUACUGGCCCGUGUCGUGGAAGGGGAACCCCAACCAUCAAUUUCUCAAGACGGCUCGCUUCAACGUGGGCCAUGAGCAGAAAAUCGUCGACCGGCUCGUUUCCCUCUACCGUGAGCACCAACGACCGGUCACCAUCAUUGCACGGGAGGAAGGAGCCACCAACACCAGUGGCCCACACACGAUCCUUGCCGAGGCUGUAGACCGGUCCGAGGAGCAUCCACUCUCGCAUGCCACCAUGGAGGCCAUAGCCCAGGUGGCGGAUGCGGAGCGCGGCCGGCGCAGUGCUGACAGCCCCGAGCUGAAUGACAACCCAGAGACUAAUGCGUACCUCUGCCAUGAUCUCUUGGUGUACACCACACAUGAGCCGUGCACGAUGUGUUGCAUGGGGCUUGUGCACUCGCGAAUACGACGGGUUGUGUUCAUGAAGGAGAUGCCAAAGCAUGGAGCCCUUGCCAGCAACCACCAAUUGGGGGACAUGGACGGGCUCAACUGGAAGUACGACACGUGGCAAUGGAUACGGAAGGAGGACAUCGACGCCUUGGACUCGGUCAAGGUGAUCGAUGGCGAUCAAGAGGUUUAA